GAAAUGUUUAUGAGUGACCAGAGAAGAAACUAGCCGAUAGCCUUAUCUAUCUAGUCGCAGUAUCUACUAGCCAGUGGGCUAUCUCUGCUGAUAUUUUUCGUUACUACCAACAUCUUCUCCGACUAGCAGACCGCUCAGCAAAUGGCGUCUUCUUUAUGCUUUACACCUCUCGCCUCCUUCAAACCACUUAGCAAACCUGGGGCUGUUACUAGCACCCACGCUGGAAGAAAGAUUGAUUGGAUCUCUGAUAUUACCCGCGGCUCUAGAGUUCAAACCAUUAGAGGUUUGGAAGUGAAGGCCACAGACAAUAAUCAAACCACUAAAGUAAACAGCAUCGUAUGUGCUGAUUGUGAGGGAAAUGGUGCAAUAUUGUGCAAACAAUGCAAAGGCUCCGGUGUUAACUCUGUCGACCAUUUCAAUGGGCAGUUCAAAGCCGGGCAACUAUGCUGGCUUUGCAGGGGUAAGAAGGAGAUUCUAUGUGGGAACUGCAAUGGAGCUGGAUUUGUUGGUGGAUUUAUGAGCACUUUUGAUGAGUAGAGAGAGUUGGGAAUAAUGCAAUGCUGCAUCUAGUGUUGUUGUAUGUCACCGCCAUUGACCUUAGCUUGCUUGCCACCAAAAUGUUGUGCAUUAUUGUAUUUUUGUUCUAGUCUUUCUUUAGAUGGCAAAUAGAUGAGAUACCUUUUCAAUUUUGCAUGAAAUAUGCUUUGCUGGUAUUUUUAUUUUUA